AUGGCGGCCCACACGUCGACGAAUCCAGCAACAUCCAACUCAAACGGCGAUGCGCGGGGACCGUCGAGCACUUCGACCGUGGGAAACAUGCCCGUACCGAUUGCAAGCGCAAAUGUGAAUCGCAAGAAACAGAAACGGCGGCAGAAACAGGCUGCUCGCCUCGCAGCAGGGUCGCCCGAAGCUCACACCGCAGACCAGGCAUCGGACCGGCUGGAUGACCAUCACUCCCAUGAAGAGAGCGCCGAGCACGCCGAGCACGAGCAUCCCGCAAACCUCAACGGUGACGGCCACGACAGUCACGAGGGACAUGGCGAAUCAGGGACCCAAUAUGAUCCUAACGGACCUUCACCGGCGAAUGAUCUAGCCGACCAUCUAGACCACCCCGACCACAAGCCAAAGAAGAAAAGGAACAAAAAGAGCCGAUCUGGAUCUCAUGCUCACCAGGAUGGUAGCUCUACACCUCUCUCCACCCCUUCCGCAACCUAUUCCCAUUCACACCAGCAUCUGCAUUCACAUCCGCACUCGUUACCCUACAGCCAUCGCUUCCCGGCCAGGUCGAGCAAAGAAAGCAGCAUCUGGAACCAGUCGUCCCUGGAAGAGCGGGAGAACAUUCGCACUUUCUGGUUCGAACUGGGUGAGGAAGAGCGUCGCCAACUCGUCAAGGUGGAAAAAGAUGCUGUCCUGAAGAAGAUGAAGGAACAACAGAAGCAUUCUUGCAGCUGCACCGUCUGUGGCCGAAAGCGCACCGCAAUCGAGGAAGAGCUGGAGGUGUUGUACGACGCUUACUACGAGGAGUUGGAACAAUACGCCAAUAACAAUCAAGGCUCCUUCGACGAGGGUGCUCCCAUAAUCCCUCCGCCCCGACUUUAUCAACCGCCCCUUCGAUCGCCCGGUCAACAUACCCGCACACAUGGUCAAUACCACCCGUCACGCGGCCGUGUCCAAGAACUGCCUGAUGAUGAGGAAGAGGACUUUGAAGACGACUAUGACGACGAAGACGAGGAGGACGAAGAAGAAGAUGACGAGCUGUACAGCGACGAGGAGUAUGAGGACGAUGAAGCGCGUGCCGCUCGCGCCGAUUUCUUCGCCUUUGGAAACAGCUUAACAGUCAAAGACGGUAUUCUGACGGUGGCUGAUGAUCUACUCAAAAAUGAUGGAAAACAUUUCAUCGAUAUGAUGGAACAAUUGGCCGAACGUCGAAUGCAAAGAGAAGAAGACACGCAGUACAAUAUUGCCGCUGCUCAUCAAUCCUUCCAUGCUGGUCACAAUCACGGUCCGCUUGACGACGAAGAGUAUGAUGACGAGGAGGAUGAGGAUUAUGACAGUCAAGAAGAGGAGGAAUUUGAUGAAGAUGAGAUGGAUGCAAUGACCGAAGAACAGCGAAUGCAGGAAGGGCGGCGAAUGUUCCAGAUCUUUGCGGCACGAAUGUUUGAGCAGCGAGUGAUGACGGCAUAUCGAGAAAAGGUUGCGGAGCAACGGCAGAAACAGCUGAUAGAGGAACUCUUGGAGGAGGAAAACCGGAACGAGCAACGGAAUGCGAAGAAGGCGCGUGAAGCGCAGAAGAAGAAGGACAAGAAGCGGCUGCAGAAACAAGCCAAGGAGGAAGAAAAAGCCCGCCGCGAGGCAGAAAGGGCAGCCGAGGAGGCUGCUGCGAAGGCUGCCCACGAGAAGAAGCUGGAGGAGCAGCGCAUCAAGCGCGAGGAGCAGCGCAAGAAACGGGAGGCUGAACGCAAAGCGCAAGAGGAUGAGCGUGCUCGAAAGGAGGCUGAGAAGCAACGUCGAGCCAGAGAGGAGCGCGAGCGACAGGCCGAAGCAGAGCGCAAGCAGCGCGAGCAAAAAGAGGAGAAAAAGAGACGUGAUGAAGCGAAGCGCAAAGAAAAGGAGGAGCGAGAGAAAAAGGCCAAGGAAGAGCAAGAGCGCAAGUCGCGGGAGCAGCAAGCGAACAGAGAUCGUGAGGUCGCUUCGCGGGCAGAGCACGCGGCGAAGCCCUAUAUGCAAACGAAGCCCCUUUCGCAUGUGGGAUCUAUUCCUUUGCCGUCCGCGUUCCAGGCGCAGGCAAUUCCGAACUCGUUCCAAUCACCACGUUACUCAGCGGCUACUCCUAUCGCACCCAGUUCUUCAACGCCAGGCAGGCCUCGUCAACCAUCCCAGCAAGGCUCACAUUCUUCAUCUCCUCAUUCACAGACGACAAGCUCCGAAUUCCCCUUCCAACCAUCAAUCUCUCCACGGUCUCUGGCGCAGUCACAGUCAGGUGUGCCAGGCCUCGGUCGCCCUGUGCAGCAGCAGCAGCAGCAACACCAACCUCACUUGCACCAUCCCCAACCAUCCGCUCCCUUAUCGCCUCUCGGUCGCAGCAAUCCUCCCGGGUUUACCGGCCUCGGCGGCCUGCCUGGAAACCCCCCUGGCCUUCCCGGAAUGGGAGGUCGGCCUCUGCACGCAACAGAGAUGCCGUUGUAUUCCCCGAGUACGGCAGCUAUGAGUCCCCUUCGGGGAUUUGGGGCUUCAGGAAGUAUUCCUCCUCCUCCCGGGAUCAAUGGAAUUCGCUCCAUUCCCUCCGGCCGAGGACUCCCGCUUACUGAAAAUAGCCAUGGAAUGCCCUUUGUGGGCCAUCAUGGCUUGACUGGACCGUUCGCGAUGCAGCAACCCGGACUGCCAAAGACUCACUCCAGACAGCUGUCUGCCUCUUUUGAGCGAUCUCCGCUGGAAACUGGCACCCAGCCCUUCCCCAUCUCUCGGCCAAGCGCCCUGAAGCGCCCCCCCAGCGUUGCUCAUGACCAUCAUGGUCAUGGUCAUCCGCAACCCCGUCGCGACAUUGACGAUCUAAGUACGCAGCUGGGCAGCAGCGCCUUACUCGAUGACACAGAUCUCCCGUUCUCCUCGAACUUAUCACAGUCGUUGCCUGGCGCCCCUGCUCCCGGCCCUUUCGCGUCACCCGCGAGAGCGAGUUUCCAAGGGUCGUUGUUCGCGGAUCCUCUCGGAGCUAAGCAUGUUCCCUUUGCCGGAGGUUCGAGCUGGGCCGCUCCGGCGCCCUUUGGAGGACCAGCUUUCCCCGCCGCCUCCACCUGGGGAGCCACAACCGGAACUGGUUGGUCGCAUAACGCAUUCGCCUCCAGUGGUCAUCAUCGACCACACACCUCUCGACCUGUCACUGUCCGUCUCUUAGCAAUUCAGGCGUGCAAGUACUUGAACACUUUGAGCCCUCGGAUGGGGUCUGAUGGGUACCACGAUGUGAAUCUCGUCCUCGACCAAGCUGAACAACUACGAUCGCCUAGCGAGCCCGCCAUCUCUCUCGACGAAAUGCUGGAGAUUUGUGACACCGAAGGCAAUUCGCACAAUGGUGGCGGCUCUUUCUUUAUCAAGAAGGGGGAGAAAGGGCAACUCGUCAAAUUCGAGCCCGACACGAACAGCGCGGUCGGUGGACAUCGAGGCAGCAUCGUCCCCGGUGACAUCGGUAGCCCGGUCCCUGCGCACAGUCAUCCUGCUGUCUUUGGCGGGUUUGGCACACAUGCGCCACCAGUCCUACGACAAUACUCUUCACCCGCCGCCGGACUAUUUGGCGGAUCCUCUUAA